AUGAACUCCAAGAUUGACCCCCCGACAGACGUUGCGCCAGAGGUCGCGCCGGACAGCGUCAAGGAGCAUACUAGCGAGUCCGCGACUGAGCCUAUGACAGAUCCCUCUCCCGAAUCCGCAACAGGCGACGAAGCAAAGCUGACGAAAAUGCUCGCUGACAUCGCCAUUGAACCGGAAGCCGACGAUGGACUUCAGCAAUCUACUCGACCUGCUCUUGAGUCUACCUCAAAGGCUUCUGCAAACCAACCUUCCACUGCCCAGAUUACUCUCCCUCCUCAGCCCUCGCCUCCACCUGGAUUUCGAUACAGUGAAAAUUUUCCAGGAUUGCUUGUGUCCAUCGACCGAAGCAUCACCUCUGACACCAAGGCGUGGUGCGAUGCUGGAUCUUCUCGCUCGCUGUUUGGAGGACCCGUUGACGCCAAUUAUGAUACUGGCUCAAGAAAUGGGAAGCGCAAGGGUCUCUUUAACGUCAAUCUCUCCAAAACAAUCGACGCCGACCCCACAAUCGAAUAUUCAGACAGACCCAAGUCGCAAUCCAGCGAGGAUUUUGAAGCCGCUCUUGGUCUCUCGUCUGGUCGGUGCAGCGACUCAGAUCUGCCAACAGGAGCUCCUCCGGUGGUCACUGAGGACUUGACGACUGUAUCCGACGCAUUGAAUGACGACAACGCCUCAUUCCACACUGCCGCAGAACACCAGUCAGACGAAGAUGCAGACGACAAAAUGAUCCCGAACUCGAACCCUGUGUACAGAAUCAAAAGAUUCCAAAACCGAGACUUCUCUGAGCAACAGCGUGCCAUCAUCGACGUGUUGGCUACCGCCGUUGCGUCUAUCCAUACAAAAUCUUCGGAGGAAGCCGCCGCGAAGAUUGACAGUCUUUGCCCGCCUAGCGAUCAGGAGGAAGAGGUCAAAGACUGGCUGUGGACGCUGUGGGAAAUCCUCAUUGACAUCGCUCGAUUUGAUCCGACCACGGGAUACACGAAGCUCACCUGGGAAAGUAGACUUGCCUGGGAGCAAUUGAACAGUUUCGGAGGCCUGUGUCUGGCAAGUGCGAUUGGCGGACCUCAUCAUCAUGCCAUGAAUGCCAUGAGAUCGGCCCUCGAGGAGGAGAUCAGCCCAGAUAUUGACAUUGCUGAGUGUCGGAUGUCUAUCGCCUGUGAGUGGUCGAUGCGUCUGGCUUCCAAACCUCUUCUCAGAUGGGCACUGGAAAACGUUGGUGCGGAACAUCCGAAGGAGGAUUCGAUGGACUACGAAGAACCAGGACCAUUGUAUCAUGGUCCCCCGAUGAUGUGUCUGCAACGAUGGGGCUUCUGGAUCGAGAGGCUGGAGCAAUUGAGCAAGGGAGAUGACAGAGAUCACGAGCUUAUCCGGGGAGAUGCUAAGACGGUGGUGGAGUAUAUGCAGGACGCUGAAAAGGAGCUGGGUCACACUUUGUCGGAUUGA